CUGUGCGGUGUGUGGGAAGGAAGGAGCAGUGGUCGCGGCGUCACAAGAUGGGCUGCGCGGCGGUCUCCGGGGGGCGGGGACAGUGAGUUGCGCAGGACUCGGCCCGCUACACCCGGCGGCCUCCCAGCUCCCCGACUUCUAGCAUUUCAGAUCUGCUUGGUGACCUGGUGUACCACCAUGUUGGCAGCAAGACUUGUGUGUCUCCGGACACUACCUUCCAGGGUCAUCUGCCCCGCUUUCACCAAGUCCUCCCCUGUUGUGAAGAACUCCAUCACGAAGAAUCAGUGGCUCUUAACACCAAGCAGGAAUUAUGCCACGAAGACAAGAUUUGGGAUGCGGCGUGGGAGAAGUGGCCAAGAACUCAAAGAGGCAGCAUUUGAACCAUCAAUGGAGAAGAUAUUUAAAAUUGAUCAAAUGGGAAGAUGGUUCAUUGCUGGAGGGGCUGCUGUUGGUCUUGGAGCACUGUGCUACUAUGGCUUGGGAAUGUCUAAUGAGAUUGGAGCUAUUGAGAAGGCUGUAAUUUGGCCUCAGUAUGUGAAGGACAGGAUUCACUCUACUUACAUGUACUUAGCAGGAAGCAUUGGUUUAACAGCUCUGUCUGCCAUGGCAGUCAGCAGAACUCCUGUUCUCAUGAGCUUCAUGAUGAGAGGCUCUUGGGUGACAAUUGGUGCAACCUUUGCAGCCAUGAUUGGAGCAGGAAUGCUGGUGCGGUCGAUAUCAUAUGACCACAGCCCAGGCCCAAAGCAUCUUGCUUGGCUACUACAUUCUGGUGUGAUGGGUGCAGUAGUGGCUCCUCUGACAAUACUAGGAGGCCCUCUUCUCCUCAGAGCUGCAUGGUACACCGCUGGCAUUGUGGGCGGCCUCUCCACCGUGGCCAUGUGUGCACCCAGUGAGAAAUUUCUGAACAUGGGAGCACCCCUCGGAGUGGGCCUGGGUCUUGUCUUUGUGUCCUCACUGGGAUCUAUGUUUUUUCCACCCACCUCUGUGGCUGGUGCCAGCCUGUACACAGUGGCAGUUUACGGUGGACUGGUUCUUUUCAGCAUGUUCCUUCUGUAUGAUACCCAGAAAGUAAUCAAGCGUGCAGAAAUAGUGCCGUUGCAUGGAGUUCAGAAGUAUGAUCCCAUCAAUGCGAUGAUGGGAAUCUACAUGGAUACAUUAAAUAUAUUUAUGCGAGUUGCCAGUAUUCUUGCAACUGGCGGAAGCAACAGAAAGAAGUAAAUGAACCUGCUGCUGGCUUCUGAAAUACUUCAGCUAUCUUGCUUAUUUAACACGGGCAGACACCCAUUAAAUAGUUUGUUCAAGCAACCUUUGUCAAAGUUGAAAAGAUAAUUUGAACACAUUUCAAAUAUCCUGAUAAUAUGAUGCUUCGGGUCUGGCUUUUCUCUUAGAGAAUAAAUCCAUCAAUUCUCUUUUUUUAUAUAGGCACACACUUUUCUAAUUCUCACGUUUGGGUAAUUCUGGAAUGUUUUAGCAAAAAUGGGAAUUAAAAUCCAUGUCGAGGGAUUUAAUGCUUUAUCUACUUUUAAGUGUGUUUAGCUAAGUGAAAAAUAAUUAAAUUUCUGUUUGCCUGCAUAGUUUUUGGGUGCAGAGUAAUACAGAGGUUAAGGUUUAGUAAGGACCAAAGGGAAGUAAAAGACCACCUGCCAUCUAUUCUGAGCGCUUAAUUGCAGGUGGUAGUGAUCAGUGAGGGGGACUGGCUGUGUGGGGAGUGAGCCAGUCACUAGUUCUGUUUUCCCUUUAUGUUUUUUGUCUUGGGCCUGAGGAUGUAGCUCAUGACAGAGCACAUGCACCGUAUUUAUUUUGACAUCUCGAGGUUUGAAGCUUAAGGACAGGCCAAAGUGUUAAUCUGUGGAGAACUUCUGGUAUAGUUUACAUAUGCUGAUUUAUUAUAGCCACUCAUUUAUACAUUAUCUGUGUGUAAAUUUUGCUCUUAAAUCUUGUAGAACUCAAUUCUGUUCAGAAUAAAACAUGCAAAGCAUAAAAAU